UAUUUGGAAGUAAGUGAGGGAUAAGGAAGGAGAUGAGGAUAUAAGAUUAGAUUGGCAGUUAAGACGGGAUGGUGUGAUGGAGGACGCGAGGAGAGGUGAUAAAGUUACCGGGGUAGUAAGUGGGGAGGGAGGACUUUGCAUGUUCAAAUUUGGCUUAAUGGCUAUUUGGAAGUAAGUGAAGGAUAAGUAAGGAAAGGGAGGGAUGGUGUGAUGAGGAGGAUGGAGUGAUGGAGAGGAUUUAAGGAGGAAUGGUUUGAUGGAGAGACGCAAGGAGUAAGCGUGAGAAAGAUACCAAGGUAGUAAUUGGGAACCAGCGAGGGAGGGAGGUGAAGAGGCGCAUGCAACGAAAGAAAGGAUAUGGAAAUGAAGGAGAGGGAGGGUAGUAUUUUUUAGAAGGAAUCGGACGAAGUAUUGUGAACUUUUUAUUUGUGAAAUUAACUAUCUGAUCCUUUUAACAAAAGUUAUUUUUAGUAUCACAAAACCAAAAUAAAUUUAAACAGUUCGAUUAAUUACCAACCAAACUAUUCUUUGGUUCCGCAAUUUUUAAAAGAGAGAAGAAUGGAUGACAAAAGAAUUGUACAAUUUAGUGAUUUUGGAUUAGGAAAUAUUUCUGUUGAAAGUUUUGUUUUUGGAAUUUCUCGUGGGGGAGAUUUGAAUUGGCUUGAAAGAGCAUUUUUUGUUGAUAAAAUAAGAAAUAUUGUUGAUCAAUUUCCAAAAUUUAAUGUUACGGUCUUUGAUUAUGAUUCGACUAUUUAUGAUUUAAUUUUGGGAGUUAAGACUGAAAUGCUCAAAGCAGUUUUUGUAACCUUAACAUGUAUGGCUUUAAUAUGUUUUUUCGUCAUUCCCACAUUACGAUGUACAGGAAUUGCUACUUUUUCCGUUCUCUCAAUUUCAUAUACAUUGUUGGGCACACUUGGUUGGUGCGGUCAAGACAUCGACCCGGUUACAAUGAUCAAUUUGUUAAUGGCUAUCGGUCUUUCUGUUGAUUUCUCAGCUCACAUUUGUUAUCAUUUUGAUAUUUUGCAAGAAAAACAAAAAGAAAUUCAAACAGAGUCUCCAAUAAAAAAUAUUAAAAUUUUUGAACAAAAAGAAAUUGAAAAAAGGAUAGAACAAAUACUUGAGGUUGUUGGUAGGCCUAUGCUUGAGGCUGUUAUCUCAACAAUAAUUUGUAUUUUCCCUCUUUUCUUUAUCUCAAUUGAAAUUAUUGCUUCGUUUGCUAGAACUGUUUUAUUUUUAGGGUAA